AUGUCCUUCUCCCAUACUGCUCCCAAGCCCGAGCCAAAGACACUCUGGGAGCUCAGAUACAUCAUCCUCGACGAUCUCAUCUUUCACGAUGCUCCCCGCAAAUACAUGCAGCUCUCCCGCUGGCACUUUCAGCGAGCCAUUCCCGGCAUCUAUCGCCGAAUCACCCUCUCUCGCAAGCUUUUGGAAAGGAUCUACGACGAUAUUGAUGAUACUGUCUUGCGCCGAUGCUUGAGCUAUGUGGAGGUUCUCGUGGUGCGGGAUCUCCAGUGCGUGUUGGAUCUGAACGAAGUCGCCCAUGGGAGAAAGCUCCCGGGAACGCCGGGCAAUGAUACGAUACAUCGAGACAUCGGUGUGCACUUCCCCAACGCCAAAGCUCUCGAGUUUCCAGUGUCAUCAUUCAACGCUUUCUCUGCUCGCCGAACGCUCUCGAGUGCCCCAGACCUGCCACUAGACAUCCACCAGCCGCUUCCUCCCAAGCCAUCAUUUGUCGAGUCGGAGGACUUGCCCUCCAUCGACAUGCCCCUGGGUACCGACGAUAUCUCCAUCGCCAAGGUUCUUGGAUCGUCUUGUACCGAGAUUAUCGUUCGCUUUGACGAAAGUCCGGCCUACGCUCAGCACGUAAUCGGGCUGCACAAGCUCAGUCAGCUCGUCGGCCGGGGUAUCGAAAUUUUGAGCUUUUUGUUGACUGACUCUGCCCCUAGUUCGAAAGGGACAUGGACGUCUGUCACGAUGCAGGCCCACUGCGAGAGGGCCCUUGAAUGUACAGUAUGUGGACAGCGUGAAGAGACAAAUGUGAAGAAGCUGCCGAUAAUUAAGAACGUGUUUGAUUGCACAAGUGAGCCAAAGAACAAGCAUCUCGGCAGCCUUGACUGCCGGAUGAGCCAGUCGCUCAACCGAUGGGUCAAGCAGCCAAGGGGGAACGCCGAGAAUGAACGUGAGGUCGAGUAUCAUGUCAAGGAUGCGGAAGCUGUACGGACUCGUCUCUUCAAGAAAGAUCCUUCUUUGAAGUGGUAUCACGAAAACGGGUACAUGUCCUUUGUGGAGCUGGAGGACAACAACAAGUGGUCUGAAUGA